UGUGAGAUUAUUUUAAUUUGACCCCCUUAUUCUCUUUCGCACUUGACGAGCUUGAUUUGCAUGGGAAAGCUGUCAUUGUCUUCGUGCGUACUGAUUGUGGAAAUUAAUUUAUGUCCCCAUUUAUAUACCAUUAAUGCCAUCGAUUCACAUACAAACACUAGCAGCGCCCCUGUUUUUCUUUCCCUCUCUUGGGGGUGAUUCUUGAAUUUUUCUUCUCCUCCGUUUUCUUUUUUGUUUUGGCUCUAUUGCUGCAAACUGGGUUGUCUGUCUGCAUCGGCUUCUGUCGUCGUCGUCGUCGUCGUCGUCUCUUUGGGUCUUUCUGUUGCACGGACACUUUCUUGACUGAGGAAGAUGCUAGGAGCGUUGCUCUUGCUUCUGGCACUGAGCAAUGCCUUGAAUACAAGAGGAGGAAACAGUGAUGGGCAAUGUGAGUAUAAACUGGCAUUGGAUUUGGAUCCAAGACCGCAUAGCGUGUCCAUAACAGAGUUCGGUGCUGUUGGAGACGGGAAAGCUCUAAACACUGUCGCCUUCCAGAAUGCCAUUUUCUACCUCAAGUCCUUUGCUGACAAGGGAGGCGCUCAGCUUUAUGUGCCUCCCGGAAGGUGGCUCACUGGAAGUUUUAACCUCACCAGCCAUCUCACUCUCUUCUUGGAAAAAGGGGCCACGGUUCUUGCAUCUCAGGACCCAUCUCACUGGGAAAUUGGGGAACCUCUCCCAUCUUAUGGACGCGGAAUAGAAACUCCGGGAAGAAGAUACCGGAGCUUGAUAAAUGGGUAUGGGUUGCACGAUGUGGUGAUAACAGGUGACAAUGGAACUAUCGAUGGUCAAGGCUCGUUUUGGUGGGAGCUAUUCGCCAAUCACUUGUUGAACUACAGUCGCCCUCAUCUUGUGGAAUUUGUAGAGGCAAAGCAUGUAGUGGUUUCUAACAUUACGUUCUUGAAUGCUCCUGCCUAUAACAUCCAUCCAGUCUAUUGCAGCGAUGUGCACAUCCAAAAUGUUUCAAUUAAUGCUUCACCUGAAUCUCCUCGCACUGUUGGCAUCGUACCAGAUUCCUCAGACAAUGUAUGCAUAGAGGAUUGCAGCAUUAGCAUGGGUUAUGACUCCAUCGCGCUCAAGAGUGGAUGGGAUGAGUAUGGAAUUUCCUACAGCAGACCCACCUCUCAUGUGCACAUUAGGCGGGCCUACUUGCAGUCAUUCUCUGGGGCUGCAAUUGCCUUUGGUAGCGAGAUGUCUGGUGGGAUCUCUAAUGUCUACGUGAAUCGUGUCAGCAUAUGUGGCUCAUCAAGUGGCGUAGAAUUCCGAACAACACGGGGCCGAGGCGGCUACAUCGAAGACAUAACCAUAUCUGACGUCGACAUGGAUGACGUCCAAGUGGCAUUUGGUGCUAAGGGUCACUUUGGGUCCCAUCCGGAUGAAAAUUUCGAUCCAAAUGCUCUCCCGGUUUUGCGCUACAUUACUUUACAGAAUGUGGUAGGAAGAAGCAUCGCGGUUGCUGGAAAUUUCACGGGAAUUAGCGAAUCUCCAUUCACUUCCAUCUGUUUGUCUAAUAUCUCCUUAUCCCUCAAAUCUGCUUCAUUGACAUCGUGGACUUGUUCCGACGUUUCGGGUUCUUCCUCAUCUGUGCUUCCCGAACCAUGCCCUGAGCUCGCAGGCUCGUCCUCAAACUCUUCCUCAGCUUGCAUAUCUAGCGUAAAUGCCAUUGGUAAUUCUGCAACCUUGUGACAUGUUCCAUAGAGGAUCAACCCUACCUGUUUUGUAGUUUCAAAUUGGCGCCAGAUUCUUCUACAGGAAGGCGGGACAUGUUCGAAAGAAGAAACCUCAGAGUCCGCCAGUCGAUUCACAUGGCGAUCGAUCACAGCUGUUUAUUCACAAGUUGUUUGUACAGCCUCAUUUCUUCAUUCAUAUUGUAAGGAAAUUUUUGGUAGAAGACAGGGUCACCUCAGAUUGUUUCCUUGUUGUACUUAGCGGCUCUCUCUCUCUCUUUCUUUCUUCUCAUAAUCUUUGUUUGGGGGGGGUGGUGGUGUAACUUCAUUGUAAGGGUUUCUUUUCACUUAUUUGGAGUGACUUCAUGUGAGAUGAGAUCAUAUGUGACUAUAUGAAAAGUGAUUCUUGAUGAGGUCAUGUGGAAGUACAAGCAAGAUGCUCUCUCUUCUUUCAAAGUAAGCAUAUCUUGCUGCAUUCAUCUU